AUGGAACAUGUGAAAGGAUCUGCUCCUAUGAAAGUGACAGUGAUAACCAAGCAGCAUAGUGGUCUAAUUAUUGAGAUGGAAAGAUUAUUGGUGCUUUGGUUGGAAGAACAAAAUCAACGGCGUAUUCCAGUGAGCCUUAUGGUGAUUCAGGAGAAAGCGAAAAGAUUGUUUGAGGCACUGAAAGAAGAAAAGGGGGAAGGAAGUGAAAGUGAAGAGUUUGUGGCUAGUAGGGGUUGGUUUAUGCGAUUUAAGGCUCGGGCCAAUUACCAUAACCUUAAAGUGCAAGGUGAAGCUGCUAGUGGUGAUGAGAAAGCAGCAAGUGAAUUUCCUAAAGUGUUGGCCGAGAUGAUUAAGGAGGGAGAUUAUUCUGCUCAUCAAGUGUUCAACGUGGAUGAGACAGGCUUAUUUUGGAAGCAUAUGCCUGACCGCACUUACAUCACCAAGGAGGAGAAGUCAGCACCAGGUCAUAAAGCCAGCAAGGACAGGGUAACUUUACUUUUGGGAAGUGCUGCUGGCGACUUCAAACUGAAGCUCUUGCUUGUGUAUCAGGCUGAAAAUCCAAGGGCACUCAAGGGCAUUUGGAAGAGUCAACUACCAGUCAUUUGGAAGGCAAAUAAGAAGGCAUGGGUGACACUUGCGGUGUUUGAGGACUGGUUCAUCAACUAUUUUGUGCCACGUGUGGAGUGGUAUUUGGCCUCCAAGGGUAUCCCUUUUAAGGUGUUGCUAGUGCUGGACAAUGCCCCUGGACACCCUGCCCACCUGGGAGACUUUAACCCUAAUGUCAAGGUGGUUUACCUUCCACCUAAUACCACGGCCCUGUUACAGCCUAUGGACCAAGGAGUGAUAGCUUCGUUCAAGGCCUACUACCUCCGAAGGACAAUUGCUAUGGCUUUACAGGCAACUGAAACCAAGAAGAAUUUGACCCUAAAAGACUUUUGGAAAUCCUACAACAUCCUUGAUGCCGUGAAGAACAUUGCUGAUUCCUGGGAGGAGGUUAAGCAAACAAACAUGAAUGGUGUUUGGAAAAAACUGUGUCCUCAAUUUGUGGGUGAUUUCCAUGGGUUUGAGAACACAGUUCAGCAUGUUAUUAAGAAUGUUGUUGCCCUGAGUAAGGAAACUGAUUUGGAGAUGGAUGUUGAUGAUGUUACAGAGCUGCUGGAAUCUCAUGGAGAGGAGUUAUCUGCUGAGGACCUGAUACAACUGGAGAAGCAGAUCAUAGAGGAAGAAGAAGCACCCACCCCAGAGCCUAGGGCUUUCACAAGGCAGGGCUUGGCAAGAGGUUUUGCUGAGAUGCAUCAAGCGUUGGCAACUUUUGAGGCUAUGGAUCCCAACUUUGAAAGAUUCACUAAGGUUUCCAGAGGCAUCAUGGAUUUGAUGCAAUGUUACAAGGAGAUCUUGGAUGAGAAGAGGUUCCUCUCUGUUCAGACUAACCUGGAGCAGUAUUUUAAGAAGGUAGAGAGGCCUGCAACAGAUCCUGUACCCUCUACCUCAGCUGCCUCUACUACUCCAGACUCACCUGCCCCAGAAUCUCCAGCACCUUCUGAAUGUUCUGCCUCACCUCCAGGCUCACCUGCCCCAGUUUCUCCAGCACCUGGAGGUUCUGCCUCACCUCCAGACUCACCUGCCUAA